GAAAAGUUAUAACUUCUCAUUUUCCUUUUAUGCUAUAUAUAUAUCUAUAUAUAGCAUAAAUAAGCGGGGUAUUUUUGUAAAAGUAAGUGAACCACUUUCUCUUCUUUUACGCCCGUUCUUUGUAACUUGGCUUUUGAUGACGAUUAUCCGGCUUAUGAAUCACUGUUGAAGAAAUCAAAGACUAAGGAUAGUUUCCAUGGCGAAGGGCCGGGUAUCGAACUAAAGAAUGCGGAUAGCUCUGUUGCUGAACAGGUUGAAGAUAAGGACAACAAAGAAGAAAUCGACGGCAACAUGGCUUUCGACGAUGAGUAUCAAGAGGAAGAUAGUUACCCCGACGGUUGCGAGUCACAGUGGUCUUAUGACUCGGAAAACAAGGGCUAUGUGAAAUUAUUGGACAAAUACGAUAGCCAGAUUAAAGAAAGCGAUUGUUUUGAUUUCGACCCUUUGCCUGGGCUGCCCAAAGUAUUUGGUCUUGCUUAUACUGUGAGGCUCCAUCGUGAUGAUAUCUUCUCUAACAGGUGCAAAGAGGCCCUUAAAUAUGCAAUUGAGAAGGAGAAUGAAAAGGGUGCAAAUCUUAUCUUCGAGAUAAUUGAACACGCAAAUAUGCAUUUACCUGGUUAGUUUUACAUAACCUUCAAGGCUCGAAACGCCACUACAAAUGAAGUCAACUUAUCAAACUAGGGUCUUUCGC